AUGAAACAAAAGCCUAUUAACGCAUUCUUCGGGGGUUCUGCCAAGAAAGAUACGGAGCCUCCCAAGUCGACGCAGCGAAAGAUUUCUGCUUUCUUUGGGAAUGGUGUCAAGGCGGAGCUUACGCCAGGUCCUGUCGCAAACGGUCCUAUCACGCCCGGUGCAGCCGUGGCCACUCCACCUCCGGGGCCAAGCAACGGAGCCGCUGCGGCUGCUGCUGCGCCAGCAGCGCGGCUUUCACUAGACCCGGGUUUAAUGACUGACGAUGCCUUACCGGGGCCUUCAUCAGAACCCGCUGCUGCUGAAGCGGCAAAGGGUGCCACACCAGCAUUGGUUAGGCCAACCGCAGUCAAGGCGCCUGCAGGCGGCAGUACCAGCAAGCCCAAGGCACCAUCCUCAAGCGCUGCUGCUGCCGAUGCUCGGGGCCCCCCAACGGCAGUAGCCAAACCUGUUAAGGACCAGGCGAUGUUGAAGGCAAAGAGCGGUGGAGGCAAGGCGGCCAAGGCCAAACCCAACAAGACGGGCAAGUCCAGCGGGGGAGGACCUGGAGCCAGGAAGCGGUUGCGGCGGGUGGUGAUGGAAGACGACGAAGAGGGCGGGGGUGCCGUAGAGGACGGCCUAGAGGAUGACGACGUCGGUGGGGACCAGGAGCAACUGGAAGAUAGCGAUUACGAAGGAGCAAGCGAGAGUGGCAGUGAUGAGGCUUUUUCGGCAGAGGAGGAGGAGGAGAGUGAGGAGGAGGAAGAUGAGGCGGCAGAGAGCGAUGGAGACGAUGUCACGGCUGCCAUCGGCAAGAAGCGGAAGCGCCCUCCCACAAAGGUGGUGAUCUGCGGAUCUUGUGAAGGGAUUGGAGCUGGCGUUGGUGGAGUGGGUGGCGGUGUGGGGGGUUCCAACGGCGGUGGCAAGUCUGCAGUCACCAGCACACCUUGCACGGUGGCGCCCGGCUCGUGUGGUGGAGCUGGGGUGGGCAGGAGCGGGGGAGGCGGGCUAAAGAGCAUUGGAGGCGGGGGAAAUAUGGCAACGCCUUCCUCCGCGCGUAGCGGGAAGAGCGCCCUGGCGGAGACACCCAGCAAGUCGCAAGGUGGUUCGGAGCUGACACUGGGUGUUGCAGCCAGCAUGGAGGGUGAGGCGGCUCGCUUUGCUGACCGCAUGGCCGUCCGCUUCUCCUUCCUGCACCCGGACAACAUCCGCGACGCCAACCAGCGCCGACCCGAUCACCCGGAGUAUGACCCGAGGACUCUGUACAUACCGCCAGGCUGGUUCAAGGAAUUUAAGAUCAGUGAGGGUCAACAGCAGUGGUGGAAUUUCAAGGCCCAUAACUUUGACAGCGUGCUGCUGUUCAAGAUGGGCAAGUUCUAUGAGAUGUUUGAGAUGGAUGCGUAUGUGGGUGUGGAGGUGCUGGGUCUUACCUUUAUGAGGGGCGAGCAGCCCCACGCGGGCUUUCCCGAGGUCAAGUAUGCGGACAUGGCGGAGAGUCUGGCCAGGGCGGGGUACCGCGUGGUGGUGGUAGAGCAGGUAAUGAAGGGGACCGAGACACCUGAGAUGCUCGCCAAGCGCAACGAACAGCGCAGGAUGCAAGGCAAAAAACAGGCGAAUGUGGUGGACCGUCAGAAGGUGGCCGUACUCAGUCGGGGGACACUGGUGGAUGCGGAGAUGGUGGCGUCCAGGCCGGAUGCCUCGUACGUGCUGGCGGUUGCCGAGAUGGAUGUGGGUGGCGAUGAGCAGGAAGCAGCUGCGGAUAAAGCAGCUGGUGCGGUGCGCAUCGGGCUUUGUGCUGUGGAUGCAGCUUCGGGACAGGUUCUUGUCGGUGAGUUUGUAGAUGAUGAGGUUCGCUCCACUCUCAGAACUCAGCUCACGGCGCUGCAGCCCCAGGAGCUGGUGCUGCCUCGCAAGGCAUUGAGCGCCACGACAUCGCACGUGUUGCGGAACGGAGUUCGGGACCCCCGGGUCAACUCCAUGCGGGGCCCGGCUGGGGACUGGAGCGCGGAGAAGACUUACCGAGCAUUGCGCGAUGCCGAGUACUUUACGGCCAGCUCAGCGGCCCCUGCGGCCACUUCAUCACCAGCAGCAGCACAAGGGGGCGCUUACGGCACUUCAGAGGACAUGGAGGUGGACGGCUGUGGACAGGGGGCCGCUGCACCGGGGGCCACCCGGUCCAGCAGGCCCGACGUGGAUCCCUCGAAGCGCUGGCCCCAGCUGCUGCGCCGCAUUGUGUCUGACGGAGUGUCAUCUCGCCCGGCAGCCAUGGCGGCGCUGGGAGGCAUGAUCGCGUUUCUGAAGGACUCUCUAUUGGACCGGGCGGUGUUACCACUGGGCCGGUUUGAGGAGCUGCCUGCACUGGUGGCCUCCAGGGGGUCAGCUGGAGCUGGUGAGGAUAGCAGUGGUGCUGAUGUGGCUGGUGCCGAAGGUCCGCUGUACAUGGCCCUCAACGGGGCUGCACUGGAGAACUUAGAGAUCUUGGAAAACAGCGAUGGAGGCUCGGCAGGUACUCUCUUGUCCGUACUGGACAACUGCGCGACCCCUUUCGGUCGCCGCCGGCUGCGCCAAUGGCUGUGUCGCCCACUCGGCCGUAUCCCCGACAUCCAGGCGCGGCAGGACGCGGUGGCUCAGCUGUGUGGGGAGCUGGCGGAGGCGGUCGGACAGGCUCGCAAGCUGCUGGCAAGCGUCUCAGAUCUGGAGCGCGCUGUCGCCCGACUGCAUGCCUCCACCGUUUCGGGCGCUUCGGGUCGUGAUGCCGCCAAUGUGGUGCUGUACGAGGACGCGGGGAAGCGCCGCGUGGCCGCCCUCACCAGCGUCCUCAAGGACCUACGCGCCGCACACGGGGCACUGAGCAGGCUGAGGGAGGCAAUGCAGGGAGGCGGCGGGGGUAGUGAGCUGCUGCGGCGUAUCGUAUUCGACCGUUGCCGCCCAGCCGAGGUGUCCUCAGCUCUGGAAGCUUUGGAGGGGGCUACGGACUGGAAGGAGGCGGCCGCCACGGGGAGAGCAGUGCCUGAGCAGGUGGCGGGGGUGGGGGUGGGGGGUGUUGAUGAGGAGUACGAUGCCGCGAUGGAGGCGGUCGAUACGGUGGAACGUAAGAUGCAAGACUACCUCAAGGAGCUGCGCCAACGUUUCGGUCGCGAUGUGAACCUGGUGUCCGUGAACAAGGACUCCCACCUCGUCGAGGUGCCUGAUAGUGUGGCGGGCAAACUGGGGGGCGAGUUCCAUUUGGUGGGGAACAGGAAGGGUUACAAAAGGUUCACAGGCAACCGGCUCAAGGCUCUGGUUGCCGACCUUGACCGGGUGAUGGAGCGCAAGGAAGCGGUGCUGUCCAGCAUUCUCACGCGUCUUCUGGUCAAAUUUGUGUCGCACAAGGCGCUGUGGGUGGCGGUGGUGGAGGCUGUGGCGGAUCUGGAUGCGCUCAUGUCUCUGGCGGCGCACGCCAUGUCGCCACCCGAUGGGGGACCCAUGUGCAGACCCAAGCUGGUGCCACCGGCGGCACGUGACAGCGCAGCUGGCAAGACUGGCGACAGCGAGCCCAGUGGUGCGACCUUUGAUGCGGUGGCUAUGCGCCACCCUGCUGGUAUCAGUGGCCGCAACAACGGGGCCUUCGUGCCCAAUGACGUGCGGCUGGGAAGGGGAGGUAGCUGCGGUGGUGCACCUCCAUUUAUCUUGCUGUCCGGACCCAACAUGGGCGGCAAAAGCACAUUGCUACGGCAGGUGUGCCUAGCAACAGUGCUGGCACAGAUCGGAGCAUGCGUGCCGGCCGAGUCGCUUACCCUCAGUCCGGCUGACGCCAUCUUUGUGCGCAUGGGUGCUCGGGACGCCAUCAUGACCGGACAGUCCACAUUUUUUAUUGAGCUGGCGGAGACUGCCGCCAUGCUCGCCAAGGCAACCAGCGAUUCGCUGGUCGCGCUGGAUGAGCUGGGUCGUGGAACCGCAACGUUGGAUGGCGCGGCAGUGGCGGGUGCGGUCUUGCAACAUUUGGCGACGGUGACCGGAUGCCGUGGGCUGUUCGCCACACACUACCAUCACCUGUCUGAUGAGCAUGCCAAUGACCCUCAGGUAGCUGUAAUGCACAUGGCUUGUGCCGUUGAGGGUGCAGCUGAUGGUGAGGAGGCGGCAACGGCCCCGUCAUCUGUAGGCAACGGCACUGGCGGUGCCGGCGCGUCAUCAGGUGCCGAGGAGGUCACUUUCCUGUAUCGCCUCACACCGGGUGCCUGUCCCAAGAGCUACGGCACCAACGUUGCCCGGCUAGCUGGCCUUCCACCCAAAGUGGUGAUACGGGCAGCCGAGGUGUCCGCACAAUGGAACCAGGACCAGAAGCACCGGGAGCAUCCGCUUCGAGCGCCCAGUGGCUCCGAACCCGGACAGGAGAGAGGAGACGCCAUGGAGGUGGACGGCCAGGCCGCCGCGAGGUCUGCGGGAAGUACAGUUGCAGCAGCGGCGGCCGUGGACCUCAGAGCACUAGUGUCGGAGGUCCAGGGGUGGAGGUCCCGGAACGAGAAUUUGGACAUCGCGCAGCUACGGCAGUUGCAAGCCGCAGCGGCCAAACUGAUCGGAGCAAGCCCCUAGACCGCGGCUUGUGAAAGGAGCACGGGGAGAGUUGUUUGGCCUCCUUCGGUCUUCCAUGUCAGUACCGCGUGCCCAUUGGUGGGGUAGGACAGCUUGGCUGUAGAUUGUAUAGGAAGGAAUGGAUGUGAUUUCGCAUGUGAACUCAAGCAGGCAUGAAUGUGGUUAUGUGGGCACCUUUUGUCCUUAGGGCGGCAGGGUGUGUAAGGUCUAAAGGGCGUUUAAUAACGUUUCUGACAUUUCUUGGGCAGAAAGUCUACAAAAGGUGGCUUCUGUUUGGACGCCAUUUGUGCCGCUGUUAGGUGCUAAAUACGUAUUGUCGAUGCAGGACCAUGCCCGUCCACGGAGUUCGAUGUGAAGGCAAUUUGGGUUGCAAUUCUGUGCUAUUAACCGUGUGCAUGUGAGCAUGAACCACUUUCCAGCCUUAGAACCAUUAGGUCCCGAGGUUUCGAUACGAAGGGUCGCCUGGAUCAUCACUGUCUGUUGGCGUCUGUGUAUCAUCCAAGUGCACAGUGUUCAGGGACUUAGUGGUAGUAGCCGGUACGGGCCGGGUGGGUAAUUUUACAAGGUUUGGCAAGGCGAGACCUAAAUGAGGAGGUUGGACACACUUUCACAAAUACUUAAUCUAUGGUCUUGUGUGAUUAAUCUAUGUUGUCGAGCUCCGUGUCGAACAACCGUUAUUCCGUGUAACACCCUUGUACCUU